CCGCGAGCGGUCGAUCCAAUGUAAACGUACCGCGUUUCGCUAUUCGAGAUUCGACUUGGCGAUAUAAAACCCGCGCAGGCAAAGAACACUGCUACAAACGAUUUUAGUUGGGUGCUGUUGUGCCGCCCCAAGUGCCAAAUAUUCUAAGUGAACUAAAAACUAAAGCAAACACACAGUUAUGGCGGUCCGGAGUGUCUGGCUCUUGUCCGCGGUUUUAUCACUGACAUUCGCUGGGGCAAGUGCCUACGGAUUUGGACGUUGCCCGAAUUACCCAUCGAUGCCAAAGUUCAACAUGAGUCGGGUCCUUGGCCAUUGGUUCGAGGUGGAGCGCUCGUUUUACCUUCCCGAAAUAGCUUCUGGAUGCACUACCUUCCAGUUUGAGCCGUACAACAAGGCGGAAUUAUCCAAAUUUUCCAACUUCAAGCUGGCGGUGGCUAUCAAAAACAUCAAUCGCAUAACUGGAAAUCCAAACGUCAACAUCGGUUAUGCUACGCCGGAAAACAGUCGAUCAUCCAUCAUGGAUUUUAAGUUCACCACUCGUUUUCCGGAGGUCAUCGCCCGACUUCUGCCAGGUUCCGGGAAGUAUCAGGUGCUCUACACGGACUACGAUAACUUUGCCAUUCUGUGGUCCUGCGGCAGCAUUGGAUCCCUCGGUCAUUCCGACCAGAUCUGGAUCCUUGGACGUGAUCGGGACUUUGAGGUGGACGUCCGUUCCAAGGUUUACGACGUGCUAAAGCGGCUCUCUUUGGAUCCCGAAAGGCUGAUCAUCAGCAAGAACAAACAAUGCCCAGAGGCGCUGUAAAGAGCUCCGUGCCCGGCCCAUCCCCCAUCUAUAUAUUUAAGUUCAUUCGGUUAAGGAACAAAUUCCAUUUGAUGCCUAAUCAUUUAGGCUGCUGUGAUAUCGAGGAGUGUGUGAAUCGGCGGAGUGAGGUGAAAAAAACGCAAAUACAGAAACAAAUAAGAGUA